CGGCGGCGAAGUAUUUGUUCGUCGCUGAGUGCCGCCUCUUGUCUUUCAGGUCCAAGUCACAACUCGUCUCUUGUCUGCAACAAUCUCAGCACAGCUUACAGCUAGGAGUCCAACGUUGGUAUAGCAUAUAUGCUGACAGAGUCUCUGCAUGUCUCUCCUUAUCAGCUAGACUCGAAGCUAAACGCGUGGUUAUCAUUUCUCUCGGAGAGAAAGGGACUCUAAACCGUAGCUUGGUCGGCUUGAGAUGGCGGAGUGAAGAGUUAGAUAUCAUCAAAUCUUCAGCUGCCUACCGUCGUGUGAAUACGCACAUUCAAUACAGGCGUAGUCAAAAUAUGAUACUGACUUCUACAACAUAAAAGGGUCUUACGGUCUGAUAGGACUAGAACUAAUGCUUGCUGCCGACGGCGAGAUUCGUCAAGGAUUGCCCAUGUCAUAUCUUGAAUUCAAAACACGGUAUACUUCCAACCUCCAAAGCUACAUGCUGGAAUCCGAUAUCUCUACACGAGACCUUAGCGCGCGCGCGCGCAGACAAUGUUCAAUAUCAACCGAACCAGCGACUAGAUCUCGCACGCCAACCCGACUACAGAUCUCGAAUAGCCGACAUGGACGAAGCCUUUUUCUUUCCACCAACAAUUGGCAAGGCACAUUCGCUGCAGAUUCUGGCGUACUACGAUCACUCCAACCCGCGACAGAUUCCAGCUUCGACUUUUCUCCGGCAGACUAUUUCGACCGCCGAAACGACGUGGGGAAUUAUCACACGGGCGACUUGACCGUGCGAUGGCGCGAGCAAGGCCAAAGCGUGUGGAAUGAAAUCGACACUGCUGCAGCACGCGAUGUGAAGCCUGUGUCUUUGAGUGCAACAGCCGAAGAUGUACUGUUGACUUCGUAUUUUGAUUUCACACAAGAGCUCAAUAUCACUCGGAAUUGGAUAGUCAAGGAUGAAGAUCUGGUUCUACAAGUCACUAUUGCCAAUACAGCUCCCACCGCCAGGAUAGAGCUCGGUGCCUUUGGCUUUCCCCUGGAAUUCAACAACAUCUUCACCAACCGCACCGCAGACGACACGACGGCCAAAUGUGUGCUGCUCGAUCCAUAUAUAGGUCUCGAUGCUGGAUAUGUCCAGGCUACGCGACUCACUGGUACAGGGCCGAAUUUGGUCAUCACUCCCUAUGGUACUCACUCUCGUUUCGAAGCCUGGCGUUUCUUGCACGAGACAAAGGAACAGAGUACAGGGUAUGCUACGCAGACUUUUGAGGGGAUUUAUUCUUGGCAAGUUUUGAGUAAGGCAUAUGCAGAGACGGAGUGGAAUGCUACUGAGCCUUGGAAUCGCCCGACUUCUGUCAUGCUGGAACCUGCGGAGUCGGUGUCUUUUGGAUUGAGAUUCAGUGUUUCGCCUACGGUCCAUGAGAUUGAGGAUGUGGUUUCUUCGAAGGGUGUGCCGCUUGCCAUUGGUAUUCCUGGAUAUGUACUCCCUACAGAUUGGAACGGUAAACUAUUCUUGCUCUCCGAAUCUCCUGUGAGCUCGAUAAUGGUUGAUCCCCCCGGCUCCCUACAACUCACCGAGUACAUGGCCAAAGAUCCCACUUGGAAAGCCUAUCAUGUCAAUGCGAAAGAUGGAUCCUACGGACGAGUGAGAGUCUCGAUUCAUUACGAGGAUGGAAGAGAGCAGAGUGUUCACUAUUAUGUCACUGACACUACAACGGCAACAUCAGCGAAGCUUGCGAAUUUCCUUGUUACAAAACAAUGGUAUACAAACACUAGCGAUCCCUUUCACCGCGCUCCUGGUCUGAUCAGCUACGACUACGAAAAGCAACAACACGUCCUCCAAGAUGCCCGAGCAUGGAUAGCCGGAAUGUCCGACGAAGGCGGCGCCGGAUCCUUCGAAGCGGCCGCAAUGAAAAUCGCAGUCCAUCCCGACGUCGAAACAGUCGCCAAACUCGAACUCAUGGUUCAAAACACUGUGUGGGGGAAUUUACAGAAUAAGGAAGAUGGGGGAACGAAUGAUACUUCCAAAUAUGCCGUCAAACGAAGUCUCUUCUACCACGACCCCCAAGCUCUGCCCGACUACGCUUACGAUCCGACCAUAAAUUUCAACACCUGGGCAGCCUGGAACAAAACCGAAGCCUCCCAAGUCUGGCGAUCCUUCAACUACGUGCACGUCAGCGUCUUAUACUGGGCCCUCUACCAUGCCGAACUCAUCAGUCCCGGAGUCCUGACCCUCCAAAACUCCACAUGGUAUCUCCAGCAGAGUUUCAGCACCAUCAUAGCGAGUCAACGCGAUUUUGUCGAAUUUCGCCACCUCGGUCAAGUCGGCGAAAGUAUCUGGCUGUCCAUUCUCCAAGCCUUAGAAACCGAAAAAAACUUCGAAAGGGAAUUCAAAAUCCUUCGCGAAGCAAUGCAAAAACGUCAAAUGAACUGGUCGGAGCAAUCUGAACCUUUUGGAAGCGAAAUGUCUUGGGAUAGUACUGGUCAAGAAGGGGUUUACUUUUGGUCAAAAUACUUCAACUCCACCCCCCUCACAACCAAAACUCUCUCCCGCAUCCGCGGCUACACCCCAACUCUCGCCCACUGGGGCUACAACGGCAAUGCACGUCGGUACUGGGAUUUUCUCUACGCGGGUCGAAUUCCAAGGAUUGAAAGAAUGUUGCAUCAUUAUGGCUCGAGUUUGAAUUCUUUGCCGAUGAUUGAUGCUUUUCUCCACUCAAAUCCCCCUCCUACUUCUAAUACUUCUAAUGUUGCUACGCCUACUACGCCCGCAGCGCAAUCCUUCCACGAUCUCCGAAUCGGCUACGGAGGCCACAUGGGCGUCUUAACAAACAUCCACCGCGACGGAUUCGGAUCUAUGGGAUUUCACGCUUGGCCGGAGACGCUCGCGUGGGAUGGAUACUCAGGGGAUUUUGGGGCGGGGUAUUUGGGUCAUGUGGUUGGGAGUGUGUGUGUUUUGGUAAAUCAUGAGAGGUGGGGGUGGUUGGGGUUUGGGGGGAAUGUUGAAGAAAUACAAGAAGGAGAUGAAAAAGGAGGAGGAGGAGAAGGAGGGGGGAUUGUUGGUGUUGGUGUAAAAGUAAAAGUCCAACCCAAAGAUACGGUCCGAAGAAAAAUCUACGUGGCUCCUAUGGGCGCCAAAAUUGAAAUUUCUGCGGGUGUGAUACGGGAGUUUGUCUACUAUCACCACCACACCCCAACGAAGGAGCACAAGAAUAAAUUAAUAGUAGAAUUCGAUCUCGUCACAGGCGAAAAUGCCUCGCAGGCGAUUUUGAAAGUCGAAGAUACCCUUGGAAUGGGCAUAAAAUUGAAAACUCGAGGUUUGAGGAAUGUGAGGGGAGGAGGGUAUUUGGUGGAUUUGCCGGGGUGGGUUGAGAUUGGUUUACUUGAUGGGAGGUUGAUAUGCCGUUUAGUAAGAUGA